AUGCCUGGUGGCCCGAACCCCCCACUGAGCGUUAUAGCUUCGUGGCCGCCUCCGAACUAUGUAAAUCCAGAAGGAAGAGGAAGAGUGACAUCCAAUAUCGCAUUCGUCCUGACACCGAUUACCUUUUUUACCGUUUUCUCAAGACUGUGGGUUCGAUUCUAUAUGCAGCGCAAUGCUGGUUGGGAUGACUGGCUUACGGUUGUUGCACUUCCACUCGUCAUGACUUUGGCUGUUCUUAUCCCAUGGACUGCAGACAAAUAUCACAGCGGAGUACAUAUAUGGGAUGUCGACGUCUCCUUGUUCGAGACCCAAAGAAAGCUCAUCUUGUCCAUAGAGAUCCUCUUUGUCCUCGGCACAGGGCUUAUCAAAGUUUCCAUCCUUCUCUUCUUCCGUCGCCUGGGAUCGCGCGGCACAUCCAAAGCCUUCAGAAUCACCACCUGGGUUGCAAUCGGGGUUCAAAUCGCGUCCACGAUUGCUUUCUUCAUCAGUCCGCUUCUUGGAUGCAGACCUAUCUCUGGUUACUGGGAGCAGUCGAACGUCCUGAACAUAGCGCUAGGAAAAAAAUUCAACUGCAAUGAUGAAGGCGCUGCCAUGGCAGUCGCUGGCAGCAUUUCCACGGCGCAAGACGUAAUCUGUGCUCUACUACCCAACUUUAUCUACUGGAAAGCUAAAAUCCCAUUUCGACAAAAAGCAGCCCUGAUGGCAAUAUUUGCCACUGCUUAUGUAGCAGCAGUAUUUGGGGCUUUGCGAACUUAUUCCACUUACGUUCUUUUCUUUGAGACUUACGAUGUUUCCUGGCAACUCUGGGAGAUUUGGAACUGGACCCUCCUCGAGCUUCAUAUUGGUGUGAUUUGCGCAAAUGCCCCUGCGCUCAAGGUCUUCGUGAAGCGGUACCUCAACGUUAAAUCUUUAGUGUCCAAGGGCCAAGACGGCGAGCCAAGCAAACAGCACCCCCUCAGGAAAAUCCAGAGCAAAACUGGCCUUGUGGAAGAACUCAUUCGCGAACCAUGGAUAUUAUUCACAACCAACGCAACUGUCUGUUCAUGA